AUGGGUGAGCUUGUAGCUGACAAGCAUGCACGUUACAUUCUCAUGGCUGAGAAGAAGAAAGAGAGUUUUGAGUCGGUGGUGAUGGAUCAUUUAAGAAUGAAUGGUGCUUACUGGGGGCUCACCACGUUAGCCUUACUCGACAAGCUUGGCUCUGUCUCCGUUGAUGAAGUUGUUUACUGGGUCAUGACCUGCCAGCACGAAUCUGGUGGAUUUGCUGGAAACACUGGACAUGAUCCACAUGUUUUAUACACACUGAGUGCUGUACAAAUCUUGGCUCUCUUUGACAAGCUAGACAUUCUUGACGUUGGAAAAGUAUCAAGCUGUAUCCUUUACCACUUGGCUUCUUUACUCAUAAUGAAGAUGGGUCUUUCUCAGGAGAUAUGUGGAAGAGCAUUCACUAUGUUGAAACUUCAACUGCAAGACUGUUUGUGUAGAUUUUCGUACAUCUCUAUAUGCUGUCUGUCAAAAUUGAAAUGUCUUGACCAAAUCAAAGUGAAGAAGGUUGUUGAUGACAUUGUUUGCUGUAAAAACCUUGAUGGUGGUUUUGGAUGCACACCUGGUGAAGAAUCACAUGAGUAUGUUAUGCUAUUUGAGUUGUCUACUCGAUUGGAAAGUUUCAUGGUAGCAGGACGUUUAUUAUUCCUGUUCAUGCAGUUUUCUGUUGUGUGGAUGCUCUUGCUAUCACCGGGAGUUUUCACCAUGUUGAUAAGGACUUACUUGGUUGGUGGUUGUGUGAAAGACAAGUCAAGUCUGGGGGAUUUGGAGAAUGGAGGCAUCUCAGACAGACCUGACGAUGCUGUUGAUAUCUUCCACACUUACUUUGGAGUUGCAGGGCUUUCCCUUCUUGAGUAUUCUGGAGUCAAAGAAAUUGAUCCAGCUUACGCUUUGCCUGUUGAUGUCAUCAACCGGAUCAUCCUCAACAAAUGA